AUGUCGUCGCAGUCAGAGUGCGGCGACGAGGGCCAGUUCUCAGACUUGGCCUUGGUCUUGAAACCAUGGGCGACGAAGGCUGGCUUCUUCAAGUAUAAGUAUUGCGACUCGGCGGGGAUACAGAAGCAGGCCAUCCAAGUCCACGCAGAGAGCAUCAAGAAGUUCCUUAAGGUGUCGCCCACUCUCGCAAUUAAGCGCACUGAUAUCUCGAAGGAGUUGCUGAAGGUCGCCAGAAGCAACUCGAUCACAUUCAAAAACUCUCGCGAGAAAAAGCAAUGGGCCGAGGAGAUGGGCCAGCGAGUGAAAGCAGCACUACGGCACUGCGGCCAGUACAUGCUGAAGAAGUCCCCGCCCAAAUGGUUCAAGGCUCUGAAGUUUCGCAGUGGCGAUGGAUCCGACGGGCCCGAGGAGGCGGAGGACGAGGGCGACAUGGGCGAUGACAAGUACGAGGCCGACGGGGGCAAGGAGGAGGACGCUGAGAGCGAGAUCCAAGCUGACCCUGAUUUGGCUCUUAGCGAUGACGAGGCGCAGGUAGCGACGGCCGCGCCGAAGAAGAAUGCCAAGUCGCAGGGCGCAUCUGCAGACAAGAAACCCACCAAAGCAGCCAUCACACGCAUUGACUACGACUACGGCUACGACAACUCGUCGAAGAUGGCGCACAGGACGCGCAGGGGCUCGAAAGAUGUGCCAGGGUACGCGUUCGAAAUGCAGCAGCCUUCAGAGACGGCAAGGCCAUCAGACCCCAUGGUCGCGAUUUUCAAGGAGCGCGACGGGAGCGUGACCAGUGUCAAGAUCCCGAACCUGACCGUGAAGCGUUGGCAGGCUGCAGCACGUGGGGAGGAGGCGACCGCUAGUAAGCCGUCCAAGGGUCGCGAUGCUGCCAACAAAGGUUUCCGUGGCACGAACGCGGAGGGGGCAGUGAUUGAGUCCUUCCUCCGCAACAACAACAGGAAGGACCAUCCCCCGCAACGCUUGGUGUGCAUCCAUGUCGAUGGCCAGCAGUUGUUCCAAAUCGAUACUAAGCAUUUCAAGAAGGGCGCCGACCAGGAGGAACUGGACAAGUUGGCCAUCAAGCGGGGGAACUCCGUCGCUCAGAAGAUGGCAGACGGCGAACUGAACAACGAAGAGGCGUUCGAUUUGAAGAAGUCGUUCUUCGAGCUCCAUGGGCUCAAGAUACAGGGCGACGGCAAGCGCAUGAAGAAGCCAGCGUGCGCGGCCGAGAUGAAGAGGCCGGCGGCUGCCGCUCCGAACUUGCCGACUGCUGCGGAUGAUGUUCCUUCCUCCGAGCCCGCGGCUGACUCCGCGGGGAAGCUCGCGGACAAGGUCAGGCCCGAGGCCUCAGCCCCACUUGGGCCCAAGUCCGAGGUCAAGCCCGAGGCCGAGCCCGAAGCUCCAGCCCAGGCAGCGGCAAAGCCUUCCGCUGCUAAGCCAGCGGCAGACCGCUCGAUCCCGAGGACGCCGCAGACCAGGAUGAACACUGGUGACAGCCCAGAGCGCCAGCCUCCUGCGAAGAAGAUGUGCCUGUCGCCACCGUCUGACAGCGAGUAG